CAAAUUGUAGAAAUAACAAGAAAACAUUGAGAAAUUCAAAACAAGAAGAAGAAACGUUGCGCUCUUGCUCUGGUUCGAAAAAGGUAUAACAGAAGACAAAGCGAGGGUUCUGUGAAGAGAGUGAAAGCGGCUUCGUGAUAGAGAGAGGAAAGCUUAGAGCUCGCUGCCGGAGAGAAUGUAUAAUUCGGCUUCGAGAGCAGAUUCAUUGAAGGAUUGAAAUUCUGAUUGGGAAUUUUCUUUUAUCUUUGGAUAUUUUGCAAUUCCCACUACAGUCCUGCAAAGUUUAAGGAAAUCUUGUAAAUACUCUCCUGAGAGUUCAUUGAAGUUUUCUUUGAUGGAAAAUUAGCAUGUUGAUAGGACUUCUGCUAUGGUUAGAGGUAUGAUUUGCGUAGUGAUAUGACACUAGAAGAUUUUUUCACCUUGACCGAGAUGAAAGAUGGGCUUACCGCCUCUUCUCGAGUUGAGGAACUGGUCACUGUCAUGCGGAAGGAGAAAGAUUCAGAUAUUGUAAAGAACAUUGGUGAUGCAACCAGACAGUGGGCUGCUGUUGCAAGCACCAUUGCCGCAACGGAUAAUAAAGAUUGUCUUGAUCUCUUUAUUAAGUUAAAUGGACUAUGGUUUAUUGAUAGAUGGCUAAAGGAUGCUUCAAAGUUUAGCGCUGACACAAGUGAUGGCCUUGUGGAAGAGUCUUUAACUGCACUGUUACGAGCAGUGGAAAAGCUGCAUAUAGGCAAUGAAAGGUCUGUUGCCUCUGGGAUCUCUAUAACUGUCAUGAAUCUUCUUAACCACAAAAGCUUUCAGGUUCAGGAUAGAGCAAAGACGCUGUUUGAUAGCUGGAAGCAGGGUACUGUUGAUGAUGCAGUCCACAGUAUUGUAGAGAGUGUUGGGGAAUUCAAUAUUAGUUUGCCUGAUGGUGAGAGUGUUAAGCCAGAAUGUGUUGAUGCAGAUAAUUCUGUUUCUGUAGGAAAUGGCAAUGGUGAAAAUAAUUCAGCAGAACCUAGCAGAUCUGACACUUUGGUCUCAAGUGAUAUAGAUUGUCCUAUACAAGAAGUGGUUGAAGAUCGAAAUAUUCAAUCUCAUAAUGAGGAACCUUGCUUCAAUCUUACUUGCGACCAGACGAAAGUUGAGGAUAGAUCUCCAAAUUUUUUGAAGGAAGCAUCUCCAACAGGUACCAUGGAAGGGACCACUGCUGAUGAUUCCAAGCAGAGCACUGCUGAAGUGCAGCCAGAAGUUUUGAAGUCAAAUGAGAUCUCUAAUGAUGAAAAGCCAGUUCUCAAGCUCAACACUUCACCAGAAAAAUUGAGUACGGGAGCUUCAUUCUUUAGUGCAACAGGACAUGGAGAAGUUUCUUGCGGCAAUGAUGUUGCAACUGCUCAAGAUGUUGUGACAGAACCUACUUCACAGAACAAUUAUGUGGGUGAUGUUAGGACUCCUGCAUCUAUACCAAAGGUGGGGAUGGAUGACAUAGGCAGUACAAGUCGAUACAGUGCACAGAUACCAAAUACUGAUGGUGAAUGUGGAUCUGAUGGUUUCCAGGACUUGUCUUCUACUGAGUGUAGGUUGGGUAAAACUGAGCAUAUAGAUACUAGCUUUUCUCAGAUGGAAGAUGAUGAAGUUUCCGAGGAAGAUAAGGAGCAUGGCAGUAAUGAUGAAGAUGAGGAUGUGAGAAACUUUUCUGAAAUUUCUAGAUCAAGAAUCCAUGCUAGAAGUCCUGAUAUGAUUGACGAGAGAAGAUCUGAUAUGGAACUUGAGUACGGCAUAGUAGAUGCUCUUGAAGUUGCUCGACAAGUUGCUCAGGCUGUGGAGAGGGAAGUGGUAGAUUACAGAGAACAUUCUUGCAGUUCGUCUAUGGACAAAAUUACAGAAAAAUGUGCAAGGUGGCCAGGUAGCCCGGAUUCUGUAGAUGGAAAGCAGGACUCACCUGCUGAGAUCCCACCUAGGGAUAUGCCUACUGCGCAAAUUAGUCCGGCAGAUGCCUAUGCUGAGGAUGAGCGACUGGCGAAAAAAACUUUAGAUAAUCUGGACUUUGAACUUGGAAGAGACAAACAUGAUGUUGAAACUUCUCAUGUUACCAAGGCAGCUCAAGAACCUGAAGUGAACACAAAGAAAGGCCUGUGUGAUUUUGAUCUGAAUCAAGAUGUCGAUUCUGAUGAAACUGAGCGUAUUGCGAAUCCUAUGACUGCCCCAAUUUCUAUUCCUGUGUCGAGGCCAAUAGCAGCUUAUGGAUCCUCUGUAGCUCCUUUGCAGUUUGAGGGGAAUCUUGGAUGGAAGGGAUCUGCCGCCACUAGUGCUUUUCGUCCAGCAUCACCUCGCCGGAUCUCUAACGAUAAUCCUCUUCCUGCUGGGGGAACCAGCAGUGGUUCUAGUCAGAGGCAAUUUUUCAUUGAAUUUGAUCUGAAUGUGGCUGAUGGUGGAGAUGAUAAAAUUCCUGAAAUGACUGGAAAUGAAAUUCCUGGUUCAUCUGCCCAUCACACUGCGGAAUCUUGUUUGGAAGCGAGUUCAAUAAAAUUAGAAAGGCACAAGUUAGAUUUAAAUCUCACAAGUGAUGAUGGUUAUGCCCCACCAUCAGAUUUGAGAAUAGAAGGGAGGCUUUUUCACAACUGGAAUGACCAUUGCAGCGUAUCUCCUGCCUCAUCAUCAUCAUCAAUACAGGCUUCAGCAAGGAACUUUGAUUUGAAUGACAGACCAUAUCUUCUCAAUGAUUAUACUUCUGAUCAAGGGUUCUUUCUCGGCAAGCCUUCCCAAUGCUCAAGUGCUUAUGGAGGGCCUAAACCAGAUGAUCCUGUUAUAUCUAUCAUGGGGACCAGAGUGGAGGUCAAAGGAAAGAAUUUUAUUCCCGAGACUACAUCCUUGCCAAAUGGAAAGGAUCUGGAUGCUACAAUGGAUGCUAUUACAGCUAGGGAGGGAGGUAUUUUGGGAAUGACUCCUACAAUGUCCUACACACAAUCUAAUGUUUUUGGCUACAAUGGACUGACCACUGCAUCAACAAUGUCCUUUUCCUCGGCAAUGUAUGGACCCGGUUCCAGCGCCGCAUUCCCUUAUAUGGUGGAUUCAAGGGGAACCCCUGUUGUGCCUCAAGUUGUGGGCUCUGCAUCGGCAGUCCCCUCGUAUUCUCAUGCGCCCCCGUGGCUCAGUCCCAUGAAUGGCGUAAUGCCUCCGCGACCCAACUUUGAUUUGAAUUCUGGUUUCACAGUUGAAGGAGGAAACAGGGACUCUGGAGUUUUUAGGCAGUUUUUGAUGCCUGUUCAAAGCAGGCCAAUGGAGGAACAUCUUAGAACCAGCUCCCAACCCUCCUCGAGUUCUGGAGUGGGUGGGAAAAGAAAGGAACCAGAUGGUGGGUGGGAACUUUUCCCGUUUAACUACCGAAAUCAGCAACCUCCUUGGAGAUAGAGGAAGUUAUUUAUCCCUUAUGAUCAGUUCAUAAGGCCCUAGAAUUGGAGAUUUGAUGCUUGCAUUUCCAGACAAUUUCUGGAAGAAAGGCCGAGCUCUAUCGUUGUGGUGGGAAGGAAGUUGAAUAAGACUGGGGGAAUUGACUAUGUAGUAUGAUUCAUGAGAUAAAUUUGCUAAAGAAAAAAUUUCUAGGUUUUUUUGUUUAGUUUUGGUUUAUAAUUUUUAUUUUUCUUUCGGAGUUUUCUAUAGAUGAACACUGCGACAGUAGAGGGCUUGGCACAUGUAGCUGUAACUUACUCUUCCAUAUAUAUCAGAGAAACUCAGAGGAAGAAACUAAUCUUGUGUAGCUACAGUAGGUUUACUUAUUAGUUUAUUUAAACAAUCAAAGCUAUAUUCAAAAGUUUAGAGAGUU